AUUUAUUUACAGUCAUGUUUACUUCCGUACUUACUAACACUGCACUGCAUUUGCGCUGGAAUAGAAACCAAGCCUUGCUUGCUGCCUUAAGCGAUUACUUACGCUCUGUUCAACACCCACACCCUGCAUCGUCUUGACUUUCAAUAAGGCCAGCCCCACGGGCCUCAGAGCCUCCCCUCCCGAUCCAUUGCCCAUCCCUUUGUACUCCACUUUGACUUCCAACGUCACUGGAAGCACCAGGCUGUCUGGACUCUAUCCAAUCCUUUGCGUCUUGUGCGAACCGAUCACAACCACAAAUUUUCCUAUUUAAAACUCUCUCUCACAACCCGCACACUCCUUUCAGUCUCACGCGAUCCGAAUGCCCUCUGUUCCUUCUCUGUUAACAUUACCCAUACUCAGCCGUGGUAAGGUUACGUGGACUCGGCAAGCUGACGGCGACUCUUAUAUUCCACACCCAGCUCCGGGUGCUGCAGGAAACGAGGACGAAGAAGCCGAAUCCAAAAUGGGUUCCGCAUUGUCAUUAAUCAAGGUGCGAAGAAAUGCGAUUCAGAAGCUAUAAAACUCCCUAACACCCUCCAGACUCUGCUUGUGCCGGCCAUCAUCUCCCUCAUCCUCUAUCUCCUCGUUUCUUUCUUGAUUGUGCCAAUUUGGAAACGAUACCGUGGUAGAUAUAGCAACUACCUACCCAUUGAUGCGAUUUCUACACAGACUACAUCUUUCCGCCACAAGGUGCAAGAAGCAUUGGUUCAGCUACUGGUUCCCUCAAGCUGGAGAACACAAUUCGAACGAAGUCGCCACACAGCCAGCGCUCAGGAUGGAUUAGGAAGCGAAUUUGACGACGAGGAUGGAGAGGAAUUGUUCGAUGUGGAUGACAAUCGCAGAGAAGCAUUGUCGCUGGAUGCUCGACGAGGGCGAGAUGAUGAUGGCAGGCGAUUAAGUCGAGAUUUAGAAGAAGGCUUCAAAGACGACAGCGACGAAGAAACAGAAAGCGACCAACAACCUCAAAUUGUCUCACGAUGAAAUGAAACCUGAUGUAGUCGUUAAACCUAUGAAAAUUUCAUGUAAUUGCAAAGCAUGGGUAUCAUCGCCUCAAAACUGGGAAAUCCUCAAACUCCGGAAAAUAUACAACCAAUACCCCAAGAAACAAACGAUCGCUGGUACAGAAACAUUGAGCUUCGAGCAUCUCCCAAACCACAGAGCCGCAAUUCAUAUACAACCAAUGAGCCGAAGGGGAAAUAUCACCACUGAACCCUCUCCCUCUCCAACAAAACCCUCAAAUCAUCAAUUUCCUUUCCCCACCCCUUUCCAACCUCAGCGGCUCCCCAACCCUCACACAUACCUCCCCAAACCCCAGGCAACCACUCCCUCAUCUCUCUCAACUGCCUCUCCUCUUCGUCCCUCCUCUUCCUUAAAGCACCCAGAACUCCGUCUCCACGGCAUACAACACACAUCUCUGGCAUCUCCUCCUCCCUAACGCACUUAGGCGAGCGCGCUACCUCAGCUGGCCUUACCAAAUGUCCACAUUUUGAGUAUAACAUGCUGCGUCGGCAUUGUGGACAGUCUUUAUGCGGGGAGUCGUUUUCAAGCCAGCGAGUUAUACAGAUAGAGCCGAAAGUGUGAGAACAGGGAAGAAUCAGGAGGGUUUCUGUGAGGUUGUCGUCCGGGCGGGGUGUGUGGACUGGAGAAUUGCAGAUUGUGCAUUUUUCUGAUUCAUUCUCUUCCUCUUGCAGAGAAGAAUCCGGGUGUAUGUUUGUUUGGCGGGGCUUUGAGUGAGGGAUGGAGAUGCUACCUAACACCCAGGAUUUCAAUCGUUGGAGCUGGAAUGUUGGCAUGUCUGCCUCGUUUC